AUGUCCGACACAUCAGAUACAACAAGAAGCCGCGGCCCCAGCGCCGAACUCCCCAUCACCACAGGCAAGGAAAAGGAGAUCCAAACAACCACCGGCACAGCCACCGCAACCGACGAAGAAGAUGAACCACAAGCCCGCGCGUGGUCCGCCGAGCACGACCUCGUCUACCCGGAAGGCGGAUGGACGGCCUGGUCCCAGGUCCUGGCCGGCAACAUGCUCAACGCCCUCGCCUGGGGCUACCCGGCCACCUUUGGCGUCUACCAGCUCUACUACACCGAGACGCUGCACCUGCCCGCCUCGCAGGUCUCGUGGAUCGGCUCCGUGCAAAUCUUUUUGACCUUUGCCGUCUGCACCGUCUCGGGCCGGUUGACGGACGCGGGGUACGCGCGGCACGCCGUCUCCGUGGGCUGCGCUUUUGUGGUGUUUGGGUCGUUUAUGACGAGUCUGUGUACGACGUAUUGGCAGAUUAUGCUGGCGCAGGGGUUCUGUACCGGUCUCGGGCUGGGUGUGCUGUUCAUGCCGGGUGUUGCUAUCAUCGGGUCGUACUUUAAACGGAGAAGGUCGCUGGCGCUCGCUGUUUCGGCGACGGGGACGGGUGUGGGAAGUCUUAUUUUCCCGUCGACGCUGCAGUAUCUCAUUCCGCAGGUUGGCUUUCCCUGGGCUGUGCGGUGUUCGGCGUUCGUCGCUCUUGGUGUAGCGACGAUUGCUAUUGCUCUGCUGAGACCUAGACUUCCGCCGAGGAAGGCUGGGCCAUUGUUGGAGUGGUCCGCUUUCCGGGAGCUGCCGUACAUCUUGUACACCCUGGGCGUCUUCUUCUACUUCAUGGCGCUGUACUUUGGGUUCUUUUAUAUAAACACCUACGCCCGCAAGGUCAUAGGAUUCUCUACAACAGAGUCGGUAACGCUGCUCCUCAUCACCAACGGAAUGGGCAUCCCGAUCCGGCCCAUCGUCGGCUGGCUAGCCGACCGCCACGUCGGCCCGAUCAACAUGUUCGUCAUGACCAUGUUCCUCCUGGGCUGCAUGGAAUUCGCCUGGAUCGGCGUGGAGUCGAGAACGGGCAUGUAUGUCUUCAGUGUCUUCUACGGCCUGUCCAACGGCGCGACGCAGGGCGUCUUCGUGGGCUCGACCGCCAGUCUGACGACCGACCCGCAGAAGAUGGGCACGCGGUUCGGCAUGGUCGCUACCAUCUCGGGCUUCGCGACGCUGGCUGGGCCACCGAUCGCGGGCGCCAUCAUUGACAGGUCGGGGGGUUCGUACCUCGGGGCCCAGGUCUGGGGCGGCGUGAUGAUGAUUGCGGGUGCGCUGACGGUGGGAGCGGCGAGGACGGCCAAGGCGGGCAAGGCUUGGGGGGCGAAGUUGUAG